ACAACCUAUUCAUAUUGUUUUACUUUGGUUUGAUAAAAAUAAUAACAUUUCCUGUAUGAGAUUCUUUGAUAAAAGCUCCUAUUUAGAUGUUACACUCUCUGUAAAUAGUGUUUUGAAUCAUGUUUGUACUAUUUCUCUUGUUAUCGCUACUCUUUUCCGCGAAAAAUUCUUCAUGUUACCACCCCUAUUAUCUGAAGCAAGGCUCAUCUUUUUCUGUGGAGAAUGAAGGAGACCUUUUGAUUUCAAAAAAUGGUGUUUUCUCUGCUGGAUUUUACAAGGUUGGACAGAACGCCUUUUGUUUUUCGGUAUGGUACAGUUGUGCAAAUGAUACCGUAGUUUGGAUGGCCAACAGAGACAGGCCUGUCAAUGGGAAACACACGAAACUCUCUCUACAAAAAUCUGGCAAUCUCAUCAUAAAAGAUGCAGGGCUUUCUGUUUUUUGGUCUAUUGAAAAUAAUUCAAACUCGUCGAAUCCUGUUCAACUUCAACUUAAUGACACUGGCAAUCUUGUUUUACAUACACUGAACGGCAGAGCUUAUGGUGAUAUGAUUUGGCAAAGCUUUGAUUCACCAACUGACACGCUUCUGCCUAACCAGGCAUUAACUAGAGAAAGGAGGCUCGUGGCUUCAAGGAGCGGAACAAAUUAUUCUUCUGGUUUUUAUAAGCUCAUUUUCAGUGAUGAUAAUAUACUGAGUUUGGUUUUCAAUGGCUUGGAAACUGAUAGCGUCUACUGGCCUGAUAAUAGUGGAUUGCCGUGGGAAGUAGGAAGGACUAGUUACAAUGAAAGUAGGAACGCGGUUCUUGAUUCUUAUGGGUCUUUUGUGUCAUCGGAUAGGUUUAAUUUUACAGUUGGGGAUUAUGGUAUCCGACAAGAGUCUUAUAGAAGAUUAGUUCUUGAUUCUGAUGGUAACAUUCGUGUGUAUAGUUUAAAUGAGAAGAGAAUGACUUGGGAUGUUCAGUGGCAAGCCUUUUCUCAGCCCUGCAAAGUUCAUGGAAUUUGCGGAGAAAAUAGCCUGUGUAGUUAUGGGCUUGGUGGUAGAAAAUGCUCUUGUUUACCUGGCUACAAGAUGAAGAAUAGUAAAGACUGGUCUACUGGAUGUGAGCCUCAAUUGAACUACACAUGCAGAGAGGGAAGCGGAAAUGAUCAUGAAUUUAUACAAAUUCCUCAUGUCGAAUUUAAUGGAUAUGGCAUGGAUGAUUAUCAGAAUUACACUUUAGAUCAGUGCAGGAAACAAUGCUUGAACAUCUGCAGCUGCAUAGCAUUUUACCAUCUGUAUAACAAGAACCAAGGCUUGUAUGUUUGCAAUCUCAAAGCUCUACUGUUGAAUGGAUACAAAUCUUCUUCUGUCGACAACUCAAUGUAUAUAAAGCUACCUAGAAGUGUCACAAGCUCUUCCAACAAAGGCAAUCAAGAAUCAGAGUUGACUUGUGUUCAUGAUGAAUAUGUGCUACUGGACAGGCUGUACAAGAAAAAGCACGAAAAUCGUUCAGGCCAGUCAAUUUUCUGGUUCACCAUAGCAUUUGGGGGAUUCCAAAUAUUCUGCAUUUUGGUUUACAAAUUCAAAGCAAGGGGACCUUCCCAUACAAACUCAAGUAUGCAAAAGUAUCACCAAGUUGCCACUGGUUUCAAGAGAUUCACCUAUUCUGAUCUCAAGAAAGCGUCACAAAAUUUUAACAACGAGAUUGGAAAAGGUGGUGGUGGCAUUGUAUACAAAGCUGUCCUGCCAGACGGAAGAAUUGCAGCCAUCAAGCGCCUAAACAGCAGCGAUGAACAAGGUGAAGCAGAGUUUCUUGCUGAAGUCAAUGUAAUUGUGAGGCUUAACCACAUGAAUCUUAUAGAAAUAUGGGAGUAUUGUGCAGAGGCAAAACACAGACUUUUAGUAUAUGAGUACAUGGAACACGGAUCUUUGGCUGAAAAUCUUUAUACCAAUUCCCUUGACUGGGACAAAAGAUACCAAAUUGCUGUAGGCACAGCCAAAGGCCUAGCUUACUUGCACGACGAGUGCCUAGAAUGGGUUCUGCACUGUGAUGUGAAGCCCGAAAACAUUCUUCUGGACUCAGAUUACAAUCCAAAAGUAGCAGAUUUCGGGCUCUCAAAACUUCUCAACAGAGGCACCAACAUUAGUACUUCAACGUUCUCCAAGAUACGAGGGACGAGGGGCUAUAUGGCUCCUGAAUGGGUCUACAAUCUUCCCAUUACUUCUAAAGUCGAUGUUUACAGCUAUGGCAUUGUUAUGCUGGAGCUGAUCACGGGUAGGAGUCCAAUGACGACGACAAGUACAUUAGCUAGCAGUGAUAGUGGUCUUGAUGGGGAAGAACAGAGAGGCGUGAUGAGUUUUGUGAGGGAAAAAAUAAGAGAAGGUGCAGAAAUAAUUGAUCCGAAUAUGAAUGGAGCAUAUGAUAGUGGCCAAUUGGAACUUCUGCUUAAAGUUGCAAUGCAAUGUGCAGAAGAUAAGAAAGAUGCUAGGCCUUCCAUGAGUCAAGUUGUCGAUAUGCUUCGAUUCAAUCAAGAUUGAAAAAUGCAGGACACAGUUCUUAGUUACUUGCAUUUGUUAUGCCCUUGUAGUAUACACCAGAUAAAAAGUGCAGAUUUCAUCUCCUAUUAUUACAUGCUUUGUUGUUAGCAGUGUUUCUUACAGGGCUUAGUUUUCA